CAGGUGAACUCUGCUAAAAUCACUUUAACCUGGCUCGUGGUGCGUUCAUGGUGCAUCAGAUAAAUCACACAUCGCUGCAGAAACUGUUGGAGUCUUGGUGACAGCAGACAUCUGUAUGAUGAUCCCCAUCAAAGUGUCAAUUAACGUUGAAAGUUUAUGAGAUGGAACAAACAUAACGGUUUACUCCGAAGGCUCUAGAUCACGUGUCAAAGUCAAGUCCGGCCCUCUGGAUUGACUUUUUAUGUGUUCAAAUCAUCGGGAUCCUCGCAGGAGAUCAGAAACAAGAGAUGCAUCAGCAUGAUGACAAAUAAUUCACCUUUGACCUCUCUUGGAUUCAAAAUGGCUCUUUGGCUGGAACAUACAAGAAAUCGGAAUCAAGAUUCUUGAAAAUAUCUUUGACAAAAACAAAUAUUGUUUGCUUUUUUUAGUCAGCCAAUGGCAGGAAUGUGGUUCAUUGAAGACGGAAUACUAAAUUUCCUGAAGAACGGAUUAUAAAUUCAAGCCAAGAAUGGAGCAGGACUUCACACAGUAGGAUCUAACGUUGCACAUGUCCUCUUCCCUGGACUCCCUGGUGAACUUCAGUUCAGCAGAACCACAUCAAUAAAACUCUAAUUUUACCCUAAACUCUUCCAUUCCCCGUUGCUUUAAAUGGACGUCUGAUUCUCCAAAAGCUCAGGGGAGUCGCUUCCCUUCAGCUUUGUCUCCUGAACUGCAGCUACUAGCAGACUCAUUGAAAAAACUCCCAAAUAUGGCUGCAACAGGACGGAAACACCUGGUGAGGGAUUUCAACCACUUCAUCACCUGUUACCUUUGUCGAGGUUACCUGAUCAAACCGACGACAGUCACCGAGUGCCUGCACACAUUCUGUAAAAGCUGUAUUGUGCAGCACUUUGAGGAGAGCAAUGACUGUCCUAAAUGUGGCAUUCAGGUCCAUGAGACCAACCCGUUGGAGAUGCUCAGGUUGGACAACACUCUGGAGGAGAUCAUCUUUAAGCUAGUUCCUGGACUCAGAGAAA